UGUGUGUGUGUCUCUCUAGAUUGUAUGAUGAACAUCCACAACCGAUGUGUGUCUAAUGUUCCCAGUCUGUGUGGAACGGACCACACUGAGAGGAGAGGACGCAUCCAGAUCACCGCAGAUAUCAAGGACAACAAACUCACCGUCUACAUCCAGGAGGCUUGUAACCUGGUCCCCAUGGACCCUAACGGUCUGUCCGACCCCUACGUGAAGCUCAAACUCAUCCCCGACCCCAAGAGUGACACCAAGCAGAAGACCAAGACCAUCAAGUGUAACCUGAACCCCACCUGGAAUGAGAGCUUCACAUUUCCUCUGAAGGACUCUGAUAAGGACCGGCGUCUGUCGGUGGAGAUCUGGGACUGGGAUCUGACCAGCAGGAACGACUUCAUGGGAGCGCUCUCAUUCGGCAUCUCAGAGCUCCAGAAACAAGGAGUGGAUGGAUGGUUUAAAUUGUUGUCCCAGGAGGAGGGAGAAUACUUUAAUGUUCCUGUCCAACCAGACGGAGAAGACGGCAACGAGGAACUACGACAAAAGUUUGAGAGGGCUAAGAUUGGUCCCGGUAAGAAAACAGACGGCUCCUCCUCUAACUCCACCUCUAAGUACGAUAGCAACGGUAACCAGGACCGCGUCAAACUGACAGACUUCAACUUCAUUAUGGUGUUGGGCAAGGGCAGCUUCGGGAAGGUGAUGUUAGCAGAGCGUAAAGGAGCAGACGAGCUGUACGCCGUAAAGAUCCUGAAGAAGGACGUGGUGAUUCAGGAUGAUGAUGUGGAGUGCACCAUGGUGGAGAAGAGGGUCCUGGCCCUGUCCGGGAAACCUCCCUUCCUCACACAGCUCCACUCCUGCUUCCAGACCAUGGACAGGUUAUAUUUUGUGAUGGAGUAUAUCAACGGAGGAGACCUCAUGUAUCAGAUCCAGCAGGUCGGCAAGUUCAAGGAACCCCACGCUGUUUUCUAUGCUGCAGAGAUCUCCAUCGGCCUCCUCUUCCUCCAUUCCAAAGGCAUCGUUUACCGGGAUCUGAAGCUGGACAACGUGAUGCUGGAUGCAGAAGGACACAUUAAGAUCGCGGACUUUGGGAUGUGCAAAGAGAACAUGUUAGACGGUGUCACCACCAAGACGUUCUGUGGGACCCCAGACUACAUCGCUCCUGAGAUCAUAGCGUACCAGCCCUAUGGGAAGUCCGUGGACUGGUGGGCCUUUGGAGUUCUGCUCUACGAGAUGCUGGCUGGACAGCCUCCGUUCGAUGGUGAAGACGAGGAUGAGUUGUUUCAGUCCAUCAUGGAGCAUCACGUCUCCUACCCCAAGUCCAUGUCCAAGGAGGCUGUUGCCAUCUGCAAAGGGUUGAUGACUAAGCACCCAGGGAAGCGUCUGGGCUGUGGUCCGGAGGGGGAGAGGGAUAUAAAGGAACACGCUUUCUUCCGUUACAUGGACUGGGACAAACUGGAGAACAAGGAAGUCCAGCCGCCCUUCAAACCCAAAGCUUGCGGUCGCGAAGCAGAGAACUUUGAUCGUUUCUUUACCCGCCACCCCCCAGUCCUGACCCCCCCAGACCAGGAGGUCAUCAUGAACCUGGACCAGGAAGAGUUCCAGGGGUUCUCAUUCGUUAACCCAGAGUACCCGGACAUGGACUGACCCAUCACAGCGCUGCAUUAGUUUCCAGAUCUCAUAUCAUUUCAUCACCAGGAUAUAGUUUAGGACCAAACGGGUGUAUCCCAGUUGUCUCUCCUCCCUCUUGAGCGUGCACUUGUUCACUACUCCUGAGUGGCGCGGCCGUCUAGUGGCAUCCCAGUGCACGAAGCGUCACUACAGUGCCUGGUUCGAAUCCGGGUCUGUGUCAUAUCCGGCCGUGAUUGGGAGUUCUAAUAAGGCGUCGCACGAUUGGCCCAGCGUCGCCCGGGUUUGGCCGGGGGGGGGGUAGGUCGUCAUUGUAAAUAAUCAUUUGUUCUUUAGCUGACUUGCCUCUAGUUAAAUAAAGAUUAAAUACAUUUUUUUUUUUAUAAACACAAAUGUUAAAAAAUUAUUGGUAUUAACCUGGAUUAGAGUUUCCAUUUUACCACCCAUUUCCUUUCAAGUGAGGAAGUGUGUACUUUGGGAGGAAGGGGAGAGAAUUGGGACAUAGCCGAGUCCCUACCCAUAUUUACUGUUCUAACCUAAACACAGAUCUAGGAUCAGAUUCAUGCCCCUAGUCUUAACUACCCAUAUCUACUGUUCUAACCUAAACACAGAUCUAGGAUCAGAUUCCCCAUGCCCCUAGUCUUAACUACCCAUAUCUACUGUUCUAACCUAAACACAGAUCUAGGAUCAGAUUCAUGCCCCUAGUCUUAACUACCCAUAUCUACUGUUCUAACCUAAACACAGAUCUAGGAUCAGAUUCAUGCCCCUAGUCUUAACUACCCAUAUCUACUGUUCUAACCUAAACACAGAUCUAGGAUCAGAUUCCCCAUGCCCCUAGUCUUAACUACCCAUAUCUACUGUUCUAACCUAAACACAGAUCUAGGAUCAGAUUCAUGCCCCUAGUCUUAACUACCCAUAUCUACUGUUCUAACCUAAACACAGAUCUAGGAUCAGAUUCAUGCCCCUAGUCUUAACUACCCAUAUCUACUGUUCUAACCUAAACACAGAUCUAGGAUCAGAUUCCCCAUGCCCCUAGUCUUAACUACCCAUAUCUACUGUUCUAACCUAAACACAGAUCUAGGAUCAGAUUCAUGCCCCUAGUCUUAACUACCCAUAUCUACUGUUCUAACCUAAACACAAAUCUAGGAUCAGAUUCAUGCCCCUAGUCUUAACUACCCAUAUCUACUGUUCUAACCUAAACACAGAUCUAGGAUCAGAUUCAUGCCCCUAGUCUUAACUACCCAUAUCUACUGUUCUAACCUAAACACAGAUCUAGGAUCAGAUUCAUGCCCCUAGUCUUAACUACCCAUAUCUACUGUUCUAACCUAAACACAGAUCUAGGAUCAGAUUCAUGCCCCUAGUCUUAACUGCCCAUAUCUACUGUUCUAACCUAAACACAGAUCUAGGAUCAGAUUCCCCAUGCCCCUAGUCUUAACUACCCAUAUCUACUGUUCUAACCUAAACACAGAUCUAGGAUCAGAUUCAUGCCCCUAGUCUUAACUACCCAUAUCUACUGUUCUAACCUAAACACAGAUCUAGGAUCAGAUUCAUGCCCCUAGUCUUAACUACCCAUAUCUACUGUUCUAACCUAAACACAGAUCUAGCAUCAGAUUCAUGCCCCUAGUCUUAACCUGAACCAUUACGGAGAUCUGACCUCUGAUCAGUGGUUAAAGACAACUUCUACUCAAAACAGAACAAGAAGGACCCAUGUGUAUGAAAUCCUACAAACAACAAACAAAACAAAAAAAAAGCUGAAUCGAUCGAUUUUCAAC